CAGCACUUGCGGCAGCGGAGCGGAAGAGGCGGAGUUUGAGCCAAAAUGAGGGAAAAUAAGAACAUGUCCGAGUCCCCGUCUCAAGCGGGAAAAGAAAUACCGGCGAAAAAGCAAAAAUUAAGCAGUGACGAGAACAGUAACCCCGAUUUAUCCGGAGACGAGAAUGAUGAUGCUGUCAGCGUGGAGAGUGGGACCAACGCGGAGCGCCCAGACACACCCACCAACACAGCCAACGCCCCGGGCAGGAAGAGCUGGGGCAAGGGCAAGUGGAAGUCCAAGAAGUGCAGAUAUUCUUUUAAAUGUGUCAACAGCCUGAGGGAGGACCACGGCCAGCCGCUGUUUGGAGUCCAGUUUAACUGGCACAGCAAGGAGGGAGACCCGCUGGUGUUUGCCACAGUCGGGAGUAACAGGGUAACUCUGUAUGAAUGUCACUCUCAGGGAGAAAUAAGACUGUUGCAGUCCUACGUUGAUGCGGACGCUGAUGAGAACUUCUACACGUGCGCCUGGACCUACGACACCAACACAAGUCACCCCCUGUUGGCUGUAGCCGGGUCCCGCGGCAUCAUCCGCGUGAUCAACCACAUCACGAUGCAGUGCAUCAAGCAUUAUGUAGGUCACGGGAACGCCAUCAAUGAGCUCAAGUUUCACCCGAGGGACCCGAAUCUUCUCCUGUCCGUCAGCAAAGAUCACGCCCUGAGACUGUGGAACAUCCACACGGACACAUUAGUGGCCAUAUUUGGAGGCGUGGAAGGUCAUCGAGACGAGGUCCUGAGCGCUGACUUUGAUCUCCUGGGUGAGAAGAUAAUGUCGUGUGGGAUGGACCACUCUUUGAAACUGUGGAGGAUCAACUCAGAGCGGAUGCAGAAAGCCAUUCGAGGGUCAUACGAGUACAACCCCUCGAAGACAAACAGGCCUUUUGUCUCGCAGAAAAUCCACUUCCCCGACUUCUCGACACGAGACAUCCACAGAAACUACGUGGACUGUGUGCGGUGGCUCGGGGAUCUAAUUCUGUCCAAGUCGUGUGAGAACGCCAUCGUCUGCUGGAAGCCAGGAAAGAUGGAGGACGACAUCGACCACAUCAAACCCAACGAGUCCAACGUGACCAUUCUGGGACGCUUCGAGUACAGCCAGUGUGACAUCUGGUACAUGCGCUUCUCCAUGGACUUCUGGCAGAAGAUGCUGGCUCUGGGAAACCAGGUGGGGAAACUCUACGUGUGGGACCUGGAAGUGGAAGAUCCACACAAAGCCAAGUGCACCACGCUGACCCUCCCUAAAUGCACGUCGGCCAUCAGACAGACCAGCUUCAGUCGCGACAGCAGCAUUUUAAUAGCGGUGUGUGACGACGCCUCCAUCUGGCGCUGGGACCGACAGCGCUGAAGCACAGUCCACGUUGUACAGAUCCACACUGCAAAAAAAAGAACAAAUGUCUGUUUCAUUUGUGUGGUGUGCGUGGUCUCGACAUAGUUUCUUUUUAGUUUGGUUUAAUUCUGCUAAAAAAAAAAAAAAAAAAAGAUUCUACUUUUUCGAUCCAAAUAAAAGCCGGAGUUUCUUCUAUGAAAAGAAGGAAGACGCUCCGAUGAAUGUGUUACUUGGUUCCCUCUGCGUGCCUUGUCGUUCCCUAUGCAGUCUCACUCACUGACACACAAGUCAAUCAGCAACGCAGAAGAAAUUUUAAGUUUUUAAGAGACGCACACAAACUGAUCGUGGUCUUUUUUGCAGUGUUGGUUUCUAUUGAUUUAAUUAGUUUUUUCACCUCCCUCCUUUUGAAGCUCUGUUAGUUUACUGUGGCCACCUCCUCCCGCUCAACACAAACAUGUACAAUGUGUCCUUUGACGUUUAAGACGUUGAGAUCAAUAAAAUAGAAGGUUUUUGUAAAUAUGUGGUUUGAUAUUUUGCUUUGUCACUCUUUUCUUUUCAAAGCCAGCUGUUGUCUGGGGUUGUUUUAUUUUAUUUUAUGUUCUUUAUUUUACUUUGACUCGAGUUUUACUUCGAAUAAAACCUAUUUUUCUAAAGAUA